AUGGGUGGUGUCACAUCACUCACCCCGAUCGCGCUUCUUGUGGUGCUUACCCUAGGAGUGGUACGGUCGGAACUUACACCACCGUACUUCAAUCUAGCCGAGGGACGAAAAAUUUCCGCUACCGCCACAUGUGGCGUUGAUACCGAUGGACCCGAACUGUACUGUAAGCUGGUUGGUGCUAACACGGAAAAUGAUCAUCAGAAUCAAUACUCGGUCAUUCAGGGCCAGGUCUGUGAUGUUUGCGAUCCUUCCGAUCCUGACAAACGACACCCGCCGGAGUAUGCCAUCGACGGUACGCAAAACUGGUGGCAGAGCCCUCCACUGUCCCGUGGUAUGAAGUACAACGAGGUUAACCUCACGAUCGACUUCGGUCAGGAAUUCCACGUGGCUUAUCUGUUCAUUCGUAUGGGCAACUCGCCGCGUCCCGGUUUGUGGUCGCUUGAGAAAUCUAGCGACUAUGGCAAAACCUGGACACCGUGGCAGCACUUCUCCGACACUCCCACCGACUGUGUGACAUACUUCGGUUCGGCCAGCUUGAAACCGCUCCAAAACGAUGACGACGUUAUCUGUACGAUGGAUCACUCGAAGAUUGUGCCCCUGGAGGGUGGUGAGAUCCCGAUUCGACUGCUGAACAAUCGUCCAUCGGCAAACAAUUACUUCAACUCGUCCACGCUGCAGGAAUGGAGCAGAGCGACGAACGUGCGCAUCCGUCUGCUGCGUACGAAGAAUUUGCUCGGCCAUCUUAUGUCCGUUGCCCGGCAAGAUCCUACCGUUACGCGACGGUACUUCUACUCGAUCAAGGAUAUCUCGAUUGGUGGUCGGUGCGUGUGCAAUGGGCACGCCAACACGUGCAACGUACAAGAUCCCCGAUCGCAAAUGCGCAUACUAGCCUGCCAGUGUCAGCAUAACACGUGCGGUAUUCAGUGUGCCGAGUGUUGCCCCGGCUUUGAGCAGAAGAAAUGGCGCCAGAACACCAACGCAAGACCCUUCCAGUGCGAACCCUGUAACUGUCAUGGCCAUUCGGAUGAGUGUGUCUAUUCGGAGGAGAUCGACGAAAAAGCAUUGUCGUUGGACAUUCAUGGCAACUACGAAGGUGGCGGUGUGUGCCAAAACUGCCAGCACAACACGAAAGGCAUCAACUGCAACCAGUGCCAGGACAAGUACUAUCGCCCGUACGGCAGGUACUGGAACGAAACGGACGUGUGCCAGCCGUGCGACUGUAAUCACUUUUACUCUACCGGUAACUGUGAGGAGGAAACUGGCCGCUGCGAAUGUCGUGCUGAGUUUGAGCCACCGCUCUGUGAUUCCUGCUCGUAUGGCCAUUUUGGAUACCCCAAUUGCCGCCAGUGCGAGUGCAAUCUGAACGGUACGAUUGGGUAUUACUGUGAGGCCGUGGAUGGUACCUGUCCCUGCAAGCACAACUUUGAUGGACCGCAUUGCAAACAAUGUGCGAAGGAAUACUACGGAUUCCCGGAUUGUGAUCCUUGCGAUUGUAACAUGCACGGAUCGGUUGAUCGUGUCUGUGACGAGGGCAGUGGUCAGUGCCAGUGCAGGCCCAACUUCGCCGGUCGACUUUGCGAUACUUGCAAGGAUGGAUUCUACAGAUAUCCGGAUUGUACAUACUGCAACUGUGAUGUCCGCGGAACUUUGGAAGAAGUUUGUGACAAGAACUCGGGUACCUGCCUGUGUCGGGAAGGCUACGGUGGGCCACGGUGCGAUCAAUGUAUUCCCGGCUAUUACAACUAUCCGGACUGUGUGCCUUGCAACUGCUCCAGUGCUGGUAGUACCUCCACAGUUUGUGACGUUACCGGGCGCUGCUCGUGUUUGGAGAACUUCGGCGGACGGCAGUGUACAGCCUGUUUGGCCGGUUACUACCAAUAUCCGGAAUGUUUGUCCUGCAACUGUGACUCGUACGGUUCGCUAGCAAAGUCCUGCACCAACGAUGGACAGUGCCAGUGUAAGGAUAACUUCGACGGCAAAACCUGCCAGCAGUGCAAGGAAGGGUUCUACAAUUUCCCGGCCUGCGAGGAAUGCAACUGUGAUCCGGCGGGUGUGAUAGCACGGUUCGCCGGGUGUGGUUCGGUCCCGGCAGGUGAGCUGUGCCAGUGUAAGGAACGCGUGCACGGCAGAAUCUGUGACAAGUGUCGCCCGUUGUACUGGAAUCUUACCGCUACCAAUCCGCACGGUUGCCAGGAGUGCGAGUGCUUCAUCGAUGGUACGAUCGGUGCGUUGGAUACGUGCGAUACGAAGACGGGCCAGUGUGCGUGUAAGCCUUCCGUGAAGGGACGCCAGUGUGCCGAAUGUAAGGAUGGUACGUUUGAUCUGUUCGGGUCGAACCUGUUCGGCUGUAAGGAUUGCGGUUGCGAUAUUGGCGGUGCGGCGGACAACGUUUGCAACAAGGAAACGGGCCAGUGUCGGUGCCAUCCGCGCGUAUCCGGACGCACCUGUUCGUACCCGUUGACGACGCACUACUACCCAACGCUCUACCAGUACCAGUUCGAGUACGAAGAUGGCUACACACAGUCGGGCGCGCAGGUUCGUUACCAGUUCCAUGAGGAUAUUUUCCCCGGGUUUAGCAGCCGUGGAUACGCCGUCAUGUCCUCGCUGCAGAACGAAGUGAUAAACGAGGUGAGCGUGCUGAAGUCGUCGGUGUAUCGGUUGGUGAUCCGGUACAAAAAUCCCAACCCGGACAGUGUCGUCGCUACGAUCCUUAUCACACCGGACAAUCCGACGGAGGUGGAGCAGAAAACGAAGGUUUUGUUUAAACCGUCGGAAAAGCCGGAGUUUGUGACCGUGUCGGACGCGAGAGGUGAGGUACCUUCGCCGGUUGUGCUGGACCCGGGCAGCUACACCAUCAGCAUCAAGACGGAAAAGACGGUGUUUCUCGAUUACUUCGUGCUGCUGCCGGCGGCGUACUACGAAGCAUCCAUACUGACGAAAAAGAUUGAAAAUCCGUGCGAAUUUGACGAAAUGGAUCUGUGCCGGCACUAUCAAUAUCCGAGCGUGGCCCCGUUUAACCCACAAACCGAAUCGUUCAUCAUCGAGGAUGGCCAGAGCUACAAACCGGUGGAGCAUUUCAAGGAGUACCAGCAUCUGGAUAAGGUGCGGGAGCAGGAGAUGCCGAUCCUGACGGAUUCGCAACCGGAAUUGUUCUAUCCGAUGGAGGUACCACACGCCGGGCGUUACGUGCUGGUCGUGGACUACAUCACCAAUCGCAACAAUCCGGAGGUGGCCAUUCUGCAGGUGAACCUGAUCGGUGACAUUGAUCAGGACGGGGCGGCAACCGCGUACCCUUGCACGUACACCACCGUCUGCCGCCAGCCAGUGAUCGACCGAGAGUCGCGGGAAAAGAUAUUCUUCCUCGAUCCAAACAGUCGCAAACCAAUUCAGGUGAAGAGCGUCGAAACGUCGUCCGGUUCGAUCGCGAUCAAAUCGAUCACUGCCAUCCCGUACGAAGACUGGUCGACGGAUUAUAUUCGCCCGAACUCGGUGUGCGUUAUGCAGGGUGGGAAUUGUGUGCAGACCAGCUACCGUACCGCGCCCGACUCGAAGAAGAUUGAGUUUGAGACGGAAAAUGAAUAUCUUAUCGCAGAGAACGUACCGAGCCAGCUGUACGACAACAGCACCAAGCUGAUACUGCUCGACCAGAACCAAACGGAACUGGCGAUCGAGGCUAAGAUCCAGCAUCCGAACCGUUACGUGCUGAUCGUGAAGUUCUUCCAACCCGAUCAUCCGUCGUUCAACGUGCAGUAUCGCAUCCAGGCGGGGCGUCAAAACUAUGACGGACGGUUGGAGGUCCGGCACUGUCCGGCAAACAGUGGCUGCCGGGAGGUACUGAAACAGGACAACGGAUACAUCGAGUUCGAUCUGCAGGACAACAUCGAGCUGACGAUUCUAGGCGAUGCCACCAAACGGGUUUGGGUGGACUAUGUGCUGCUGGUACCGGCGGAGCAGUUCCACAAUGUUUUGCUCCAGGAGGAGACGUUCGAUCAGACGAACGAGUUCAUUCAGCAGUGCGGACAGGACCAUUUCUACAUUCAGACGAAUGCUUCGGAUUUCUGCAAGAAGGCCGUAUUUUCGCUGACCGCAGACUACAACAGUGGAGCGUUACCGUGCAACUGUGACUACUCGGGAUCGACCAGCUUCGAGUGUGAACCGUUCGGUGGUCAGUGCCAAUGUAAGGCGCACAUCAUUGGGCGAAAGUGCGAGGCGUGCAAAACCGGCUAUUACGGAUUCCCGGACUGCAAACCGUGCAACUGCCCGUCGACCGCGCAAUGCCACAAGGACACCGGGGAGUGUGUGUGUCCCGAUCGGGUGACGGGCGAAAAGUGCGACCAGUGCGUACCGUACACGUUCGGGUUCGAUCAAAUCAUCGGCUGCGAGGAAUGCAACUGCAAUCCGCUGGGUGUGGCUUACAACAACCUGCAGUGCGACAUGGACAGCGGUAUGUGCGAGUGCAAGUCGAACGUGGUCGGCCGGAAGUGUGAUCGGUGCGAGUAUGGGUUCUUUAACUUCCCGUACUGCGAACCGUGCCACUGUGACAUCCGCGGCACGACGUUCGAAAUCUGCGACCAAACGGACGAGAGCUGCUUCUGUAAGAAGAACGUGCAGGGCCGGGAAUGCAGCACGUGCGUAGAUGGGACGUACAAUCUGCAGGCAAGCAAUCCGGACGGUUGCACCAAGUGCUUCUGCUUCGGACAUUCGAGCCGUUGCCAGACGGCGUUCCUGCGACCGUUCAACGUGAGCAUGAUGAAGGACGUGACGGUGAACACGAUCCGUCUGUCGGGUGGCAAAGUCACGAUCACACCCUGGAUCCUGAAGGAUGAGGUUAUGCUGAACGAAACGUCCGCCGAGGUUUCGCUGAGCGCUUUUGACAACCGGGACCCGUCGGCCGGUAUGGUGUACUUCGGCAUGUUGGACCACCUGUUCGAUCUGAACAAUCAUCUUUCCGCGUACGGCGGGUUGCUGGCGUACAAGAUCCACUUCACGAACGGCUUGUUCGGCAGCGCACUGAUUGGCGCGGACGUGAUACUCGAGGGCAAGCAGUUGGAGGUGAUGCACCAAAGCUACCGUCAACCGUCCUCGCAUCAACUGUUCAGCGGUAGCGUGGAGAUGGUCGAGAGCAACUUCCAAACGGCGGCCGGCGGUCCGGUAAGUCGCGAACAGUUUAUGCUGCUGCUGCGCGACCUCAAGAACAUCUACAUCCGGGCGUCCUACUGGGAGAAUGGGCUGGUGACGGUUGUCUCGGACGUUAGCCUAACGAUGGCACACGACGAUCUGGAUCAUCCGCAUCUGUACCGCGAGCUGGCGGUGGAAAACUGUGACUGUCCGCCGGGCUAUGUUGGACAGUCGUGCGAAGAUUGUGCACCGGGCUACUACCGCGAUCCGAACGGUCCCCACCUAGGCUACUGCAUACCGUGCGAGUGCAAUGGACAUGCGGCCACGUGCGAUUGUAACACGGGCGUGUGCCAUGACUGUCAGCAUUAUACCACCGGCGAUCACUGCGAUCAGUGCAUUGAAGGGUUCUACGGCAAUGCGACACGCGGUACACCGAACGAUUGCAUGAUUUGCGCCUGUCCGUUGCCGGUUGAGUCGAACAACUUUGCCACCUCGUGCGAGGUGUCCGAGGAUGGCUAUGAGAUCCAUUGCGAUUGCAAACCGGGCUACCAUGGGGAGAAAUGUCAGAGCUGCGCCCCGGGCUAUUACGGGCAGCCUCAGGUCGAGGGUGAGUUCUGCAAACCGUGCGAUUGUUCGGGAAACAUCAACGCCAAUGAGCCGGGAGCGUGCGAUUCCGUAUCGGGCGAGUGUUUGCUGUGCUUGAACAACACGUUCGGCCGGGCGUGCAAUUUGUGUGCGCCUGGGUUCUACGGCGAUGCUGUGCGCGAGAAGGACUGCCAGAGCUGUAUCUGCGACAAGACCGGUAUGGACUACUGCGACAAUGUGGUGGGAACGUGCAACUGUCUGCCGAAUGUGAUCGGUGAGAAGUGCGAUCGGUGCGAUGACGACCACUACGGGUUCGAAUCGGGACGCGGUUGUACGCUGUGCGAUUGUGGCAUCGCGUCGAACAGCUCGCAGUGUGACGAUAACACUGGCAAGUGUGCCUGCAAACCGGGAGUAACUGGACGGCAGUGUGAUCGGUGUGAGCCGGGCUACUGGAACUACUCCGAGGAGGGUUGUGUGCCGUGCUCCUGCAACACGGACUAUUCCAGAGGUUUGGGCUGCAAUGCGUUGACGGGCCAGUGCGAGUGUUUGUCGGGGGUGGUCGGUGAAAAGUGUGACUCGUGUCCAUACCGCUGGGUGCUCAUACCGGAUACAGGCUGCCAGGAGUGUGACGUAUGCCACCACGCGUUGCUGGAUGUAACCGAUGGGCUGAAGCGCGAUAUAGACCCCGUGCUAGGGGACAUUAAGACGAUCGCGGACGAUUACUACACGUCGCAGAAGCUGAAAUACUUUGACGAUAUGGUCGAUCGGCUGGAACCGAAGGUGCGCAGUUUGGAUCCGCACGGUGUUAACCUGAACCCCUCGAAGCAAAAGGUCGAAACGUUGGAGAUGGAGGUGAAGAGUUUGGACCGCCGCAUUCAGUAUGCAGACGAGAACGCGAAGGAUAUUUCCACCAACAGCCAAAACCUGCUGGCGGCGUCGUCCAAUGUUUUGGACGAUUGCCGUCUGGUGCACAUCAACACGAAGAACACGAUCGACGAGGUGUUGAUGCUGGCGGAAAACCUGGACUCGUCGGAGAUCACCAAGCUGGACCAAGCGUAUACGGAGGCGAAGAACUAUUUGGACAACAUAAAGCAAUACUCGACUACGCCGGAGUCCCUCAACUCUCAGCUGGAAAAUGCUACCCGUUUGCUGGAAGCCGUAGAAUCGUUUGGUGAGCCGGUGCAAAUGCAACAUGAAAAGCUGGCCAAGUUGAUGCACGACAUUGGCGAGUUUGAUGUGAAGCUGGAAGAUCUGUACACCUGGAGCUUGAAGGUGGAGAAGGAAAGCACUAUUACGUCGAGGUUGAACAACAAAAAUAAAGGAGCAGUCAAUACCAAGUUCGAUACGGUAACGGCGCAUGCUAAGGAAGCAACGGAGAACACCGAAAACAGCAAGGUGCUGCUGGCUAACUCCUCCAACAUCAUGAAGGACAUAGACAUUACGCACGUCGAGUUGGGAAAUGUGAACAAGGGGCUUACCGAUCUGAACAACGAUGUAGACAGACAGUUGCCGGUUGCGUUUGCGGAGUACCAGGACCUGAGCCCGCUCAUCGAACGUGCCUACGGACACGCGAAUGAGCUGAAGAUGGAAGCCGAGAGUCUGUCGGACAAAUAUUCUGGCGUGUCGGCCAACUCGGAGACGGCCCUGCAGGCAGCAACGGCACACUCGAAGAUUGUGGACGCGGUAAAGGAGGCGGCCGACAACAUUCGGAACGCCACACAGACGGCACAGAAGGCAACGGAUCAGACGGAAGGCAUUGAUAACCGGGCCGCCGAAUCGGACGCUGCGUCCCGUGAGUUGCUCAGUGAUGCGCGGCGUAUGUUUACCACGCUCCAGAUGGAGCUGGAGCCACAGAGCAAGCAGUCGAUCGAUACGGUUGACGGUAUUAAGGAGCGGAACGCACACAGCGACGACAUGCUGUACUCGAUCAAUGCCGCCCUGGACGGUAUACCGGAGGAAUCGCACACGGAUGAUUGGGAAACGGCACGGGAUCAGGCCGUCGAAGCGCAGGCAAAGUCGCAAAACUCCAUGAAGAUAUUGGACCCGAUGAUAAGCGAUCUGUCCAAGAGUGUGUACAUGGCAGAACAGCUGCCGAAGGAGGUGGACAACACGAAAAAGGACAUUAAGCAGGCAACGACGCAGAUCGAGCGCCUUAAAACGAUGAUCCCCAACAUUCGCCAGCUGGUCGAAAAGCUGGACGCGAAGCAGAACCAGGUGGACUCGAUCGUGAGCGAUAUUGGUGAUCAGCUGGAAUCGUUGAAGCGCCAAAUUAGGGAGGCAAGAUCGAUUGCCAACACGAUCAAGGUCGGUAUGCAGUUCCAUCCCAACACUACGGUGGAGCUGAAGCCACCGCAAAGUCUGUCCCAGAUGGCCACGAACUCCAACGUGUCCGUGUUCUUCCGCACCGACAAACCGGAAGGAUUCCUGCUGUAUCUUGGCAACGAGGUGAAGCCGGACUCGAAGAAGAGCUCGCGCGAUGACUACAUGGCACUGGAGAUCGAAAACGGCUACCCGGUACUGUCGAUCGAUCUUGGCAAUGAUCCGGAAAAGGUGAUCAGUCCAAAGUACGUGGCUGACGACAAGUGGUACCAAGCGAUCGUUGAACGCACCGGCAACAACGUGAAGUUGAUUAUCCGCGAAGAGCUGGACAACGGUACGGAUGUGUUCCACACGAAGGAGCAGGUGCUGCCGGGAGCGUACAACGUGUUCAAUGUGGAUCAGAACAGCAAGUUGUACAUUGGCGGCUACCCGCCGGAGUACAAUAUGCCGCAGGAUGUGAAAUCGAGCGAGUUUGAUGGUCGCAUCGAGCAGCUGCAGAUUGGCGGCGAGCACGUUGGUCUGUGGAACUUCAUCGACGCACAGAACGUGUACGGGUCGCCUGAGCGCGAGUCGUUGCGCAACGAGGAAAACCCAUCGACUGGAUUCCGCUUUAGCGGCAAUGGCUAUGUAGCCAUCGAUGCUAAGCCGUACACGUUCAAGCAGCAGUCACAGUUGCAGUUCCAGUUCAAGGCACCACCGGAGACACGCGACGGUUUGAUGUUCUACGCGGGAAAAAACAAACACUUCAUUUCGGUGGAGAUGCGCAACGGGGCGGUGGUGUUCCAGUUCAAGCUUGGCCAACACGCCCAGGCCGUCACGAUGGGAUCGAGCAACACGUUCAAUGACGACAAGUGGCACAAAAUAUCGGUGGAACGCGAUGGCAAUAUCGGCAAGCUGACGGUGGACGAUCGCGAGGUGUUCCAGCAGACCGGAUCGGCGGAACACCAGCAGUUGCACAUUUCGGAGGCGAUCUACUUCGGCGGGUACCAUAGCCGCGUCAGCCACCCCGAGGUAACGUCGAAGGGCUUCGAUGGUUGCAUUGACGAUGUGUACAUCUUGGGCAACAAGGUCGAUUUGAGCAUCAACCUGAAGUCGCUCGAUGUGCGACCGGGCUGUCCGAUGAAGUUCUCGCCGCUCGUGUCCUUCCCACCGCGUCAGUUCGGUUACGUGAACCAGCCGGGCGUGGCAUCGGUCAACAAUCUGCAGGUUAAUCUUAAGUUCCGUACCACCCAGCGCAGCGGAGUGCUGUUCUAUACCAGCAACUACGAUCAGAGCCUAUCGCUGGGAUUGGCAUUGCGGGAUGGAGUGCUGGUGUUGAGCAGCUCCGGAUCGGAAGUUACAACUGACUACCACACGUACAACGAUGGUGAAUGGCACGCGGUAACAGCCAGCCAUGAGCAUGACCGAUUGACGCUGAUGGUGGACGAUCAGGAUCCACACUACAGCCUCUAUCCACCGCAACCGCUGUACAUUGAAAAUGGCGAUAUCUACUUCGGUGGGUUGCCGAAGAACUUCGUCCCGAUGCAUAAUGCGAUCGCGUCGAACGCGUACUUCAUGGGAUGCAUUAGCGAUGUUACGGUGAACGGACAGAUUGUGAACUUUGCUACGCUUCGCGACAAGAAGUCGGCCGUACUGGAUCAGUGCUCGAAGGAACUGUUUGCCGUCGGUGAGGUGCCAUUGUACUAUCCGAAUGACGGUAAGGAUCCGGAGGUGUUUGUAUCGAGUCGCGUCGAACCCGAGAGUGAGCAACCGGGCAAGCCUGACGACGACGAAGAGAAGGAUCCACGAAAACCGGAUCGCGGUUGGAAACCAGUCCCGGCCAUUCCGCGGGAACCUUCCACUGAUGCUGCCACAACGACCACCACCGCCACCACCACCACAAGCACGACUAGCACCACAACGACGAUGCGCCCAAGACCAACACAGCCGGAUGAGCCACCGCCGGUGUGCAGGCUACCGAUCACACCGGAACAGGAUGUCGAUUUCGAUCACGGCUAUCGGUUCGGAACGGGUCAGUUCAGCCACAUCGAGUUUAGCGAAGUGCCGCUGAAGAGCAAACGUCAGUACGAGUUCACGUUCAACUUCAAGACGGAGUUCUCCGAGGGCGUGCUGUUCUACGUGGCAGACUCGCGGCAUACCGACUUCGUUGCGCUGCAUCUGCGCGACGGUAAGCUGGUCCAUUCGUUCAACUGUGGUUCGGGAUCGGCCAACAUGACAUCCGACCGCAGGUACGACGAUAACGAGUGGCAUACGGUGAACUUUGCCCGCCAGAACAGUAUGGGAAGGUUGAUCGUUGAUCUCGAGGACAUAUCGACGGGUGAAUCGAAGGGCACGACUCGCACCAUGGCGCUGCAGGCACCGAUGUUUGUCGGUGGUGUCAGUGGGGACAAUUACGAGGAGGUAGCGCUUAAUCUUAAGAUGGACAAAAAUGUGCUAGAACGCAACCAAUUCGUGGGUUGCAUCAACAAGCUCGCUGUAAACGAUAAUCCGUUGGCCGCGCCCUCCAACAUAACCCGCACGAUUCCCUGCUCCAACCAGAUAGAAACGGGCACGUUCUUUGGCAGUGGCGGCGGAUUUGUGAAGCUGUACGAAAAGUUCAAGGUUGGCAACGAGCUGACCGUCAGCAUGGACAUACGACCGCGGGCAUCAAGCGGUCUGCUAAUGUCGGUGCACGGCCGCAAGUCGUACUUCGUGCUGGAGAUGAUCAACGGCACGAUCAGUCUGGCGGUGAACAAUGGAGACGAGCCGUACGUAGCCACCUACACGCCACUGCCGGAGGAGAACCUGUGCGAUGGGCAGUGGCGCACGGUGUCUGCCAUCAAGUCGCAGUACGUCAUCACCAUUAAGGUGAACGAUGUGAGCUCGAACCCGGCCAUCGGUGAUGCGCGCUCUCCAUCGACUGAUACCACACGACCGCUCUUCCUUGGCGGACAUCCGCACUUACAGCGGAUUCGAGGAUUCAAUGCGCGUGUGCCGUUCCAGGGAUGUAUACGCAACGUGAAGGUUCGCAACACGGUCGAACAGAUUACACCAAAGAUGACGGUCGGCAAUGUGCAGACAGGCGUUUGCCCAACAAUUUAA